AUGUCUGAGGACUUUCCCCCGCCCGGGUACCAGCAAUGGGGCCGCACUGGGGUUGACCCCUUUGAGGAGCACAUCGGGCCUUUCUACCAUAGUCCGGAUCAGCGGACGAUGAUCAUGCUCGUCACCCCGAAGAUGUGCAAUGCUUUGGGGAUUCUUCAUGGUGGCGCGCUGAUGUCCUUCUGUGAUGCAGCGCUUUUCGUCAUCGCCCGCGAGCAUACCUACGAGACAACUGGGCGGGUCUUCGUGACCCUCAGCUUCAGCAUCGACUUCCUUAGCCGCUGCAGAGCAGGUGCCCAAGUUCUGGCAGGCGGAGAGGUGGUCAAAGUCUCCUCCGAAAAGGAUUUCAUCCUGGUGCACGGCUGGGCCAAAGCGGGAAGUGACGGUGGCCGACUCCUUGCCACCUUCCGCGGUACACUCCGCUUUGCAGGACCUGCAGUCAUCCCCAGCCACAAAAGCCGCAAGAAUCAGCUUGCCAGGCUCUGA